UGCAAAAACUGAGCCCAACCCAGAAACUGACCCAACAGGAGUGGCAUUUAUCUCUUUUAUUUUCUCGAUUACUUUCAACUUUUCGUUCACUUUCUGUGCAUCCAAACAGUAGCGCCGGCAAGCGAUGGCGACGAUCAGUCUGAGGAAAGGAAACACGCGGUUGCCGCCGGAGGUAAACCGCGUGCUCUAUGUUCGGAAUCUUCCGUUCAACAUCACCAGCGAGGAGAUGUACGAUAUCUUCGGCAAAUACGGUGCGAUUCGGCAGAUCCGCAUAGGAACCAACAAGGACACGCGCGGAACCGCCUUCGUGGUGUACGAGGACAUCUACGACGCCAAAACCGCUGUCGACCACCUCUCCGGCUUCAAUGUCGCGAACCGUUACCUCAUCGUCCUCUACUACCAGCAGGCUAAGAUGAGCAAGAAGUUCGAUCAGAAGAAGAAAGAGGACGAAAUAGCUCGCAUGCAAGAGAAGUACGGCGUCUCCACCAAGGAUAAGUAGAUGCGUUUGCCUCUUCCUUCAAUUUCUUGGAACUUCCUAGGGUUGUGUUAGGGUUUUCGAGAAAAUCACUCUGUAUAUCUGUGGCGUGUGUUUGGUUCAAUUGUAUCGUUAUUCAAGUAACUAUGGAUGUUUAAGUUGCUACUGAAUAGUAUAAACUAUAAAUAUCAAACGUGAUGAUU